GUGUCUAUGAACAACGUUCUCAACUUGAAGCGGUCGAUUUUUUGACGAAACCCAGAACAAAGGGAGUGAAAAGAUUUUCUUUAAUUACCUCCAGUGAAAUGAAUAUUUACAAUAGUGAUAACUUUUCAACAAGUUAAGAAUGUUAAGAAAGCAUUUAAAAAUGUAAAAAUUUAAUGUUGAUCGAAAGUUGAAGCAGUUUGUCUCAUCACUGCUGACAUCAACUCAUACUCCACGACGCACAAAAAGUUUGUCUUUGGAAAUAAAUUCUUCUGUUGAUAAGAAUGGCAAUGAAUCCAGCAUAUUUUGGUUUACCAAUGAAUAUGGAUAGAGUUUGCAGAAUUUGUCUUACGGAAAGUACAAAUUUAUCACCAAUAUUUUGUUCAAAUCAGGAAGUGGUCCAAUUUUCGGAAAUUUCGCAAAAAAUACAAAUUUGUGGCUCAAUUGAAAUUCAAGAACAGGACGGUCUGCCUUCUUUAAUUUGUAACGAUUGCAUCUUUAAAUCGAGCAUUGCCCAUGAAUUUCGGCAACUUUGCCAACAUUCCGAUGCUCGUUUGCGACUUUAUUACAAUAAACCUUCUAAAAGUAAUGUGAUGGAGAGCAGUACGCAGACAGAUCCCCAAACUCGAAUUGUGAUAUCAAAAAAGGCAACAAAUCAGGAAAAUAAUUACAACGUUAAGGAAGAGGAACUUCACAUUAUGUCUGAAAUACAACAAUCAACAGAAACUUUUACACACGAGCAGGUCUCUUUGAAUCAAAAUCCCAUAAGUAUUCACGGUGAAAAAAUGUUUGAUUGCAAUCUUCGAUUUGAGGAACCCAAUAAAGAGACUGAUAGAAUGACUGAAGAUUUAGCGGUUGCCAUUAAUGAAACUGUUAUAAAUGCAACUGUAAUUAAUGCAAACGUUAUCGAUCCCAUAACUGAAAGUGAGAUACAUCCAAACAGCAUUCAUCCAAAUGUCAUAAGUGUCGACGUCGUCACAGAGAAUCCCCUCCAGAUUGCAUGCUCUGAAGGAUUAAUUGUUCCCACAGAUGAUAAAAUUGAUUCAACAAACAAGACUGACAAUAGAAUGGACCAUUAUCUCGACGAACAAAUGUUGGUCGAAAGUUUAGAAGAGGACCAAGAGACAACACCCUCGAAACGUACAUCAAACCGUAAAGUGAAAUCAAUUCAUAAUAAAACUGCCUUUAGCGAUGAGGAAAUUGAUGACGAUUAUUACGAUCAAAGUAGUGACAGUCAAGAUUCCUUGGAACCAAAAUUCAAAUGUAAAAUAUGUUCAAAACGUUAUUCAACGCAAAAGGGCCUCAAGAAACAUUCCCUAGUGCAUGACAAAAAACACAAUUGUGACAUUUGCCUAAAAACAUUUUGCAAAUUAGAAAAUCUCGAGAAGCACAAAUUAAUUCACGCGACAAAACCCCAUGCAUGCCAAUUGUGUCACACGUCAUUCUCGAAACCUCAAAGUCUAGUGAAACAUUUAAAAUCGCACACGGAAAAAGUGAAUGAUAUUAUAAAGCAAAUAAGUGACGAUCCACAGGAAUUGAAUGAGCCAAAAAAAGAAAUGAAAAUCGAAGAUGAUAAUGAUGAUGAUCAAUUGACGGGAAAUAAUGAUACGGACGACUUUCAAAAUACUCCGGAAUUAUUUAAAUGUGAAAUAUGCGGUCAAUAUUGUUCGACAAAGAAGAAUUUAAAACGUCACACACUCAUACAUGGGGAGAAAAAAUAUUCUUGUUAUGUGUGUAAAAAAUGGUUUUUCAGACCCGAUACGUUAAAGAAGCAUGCUGAGAAACAUGGUCAUGGUUUAUUGGACAAUUUGAUAGAGGACAAUAAACUCUUUGAUUCGGACGACGAGCCAUUUCCGAAUACAGGGGGGAAUAUUUUCGGUGACAAUGACACGGCGAAAAAGGACGAGAGCGAUGAGGAUGGAACUGGAGAGUACAAAUGUCAACAUUGCGAUAAGAUUCUGGCCACGAAGAAGGGUUUACGACGACAUGUUUCGAUGCAUAAACCGAAAGCGGAACCAGUUACUUGUGAAAUUUGCAAAAAGGUUUGUGCGAGCCAAGCACGACUGCUGAUCCAUCAAAAAACCCACAACAAACCGAAGGAAAAAGUACCUCGAGAAUAUCUCUGUCACAUUUGCAGUAAAGUUUAUCCAAGUAAUUCAUCAUUAACAUAUCAUAUGCGAACUCACAGUGGUGUCAAGCCCCACGUCUGUAAAACUUGUAACAGUGGAUUUACAACGACAACAAGUCUCGCGAAUCACAUACGAAUUCACACCGGUGACAAGCCAUUUGUCUGUCACGUGUGCAGUGCAGCUUUUGCCGUCAGUUCGGCAUUUAGACGACAUUUAACGCGUCACACUGGCGAGGCGAAUUAUCUCUGUAAAACUUGUGGCAAAGCAUUCAAACGACUCAGCACCCUCAAGGAGCACACUUACACGCAUUCCGGUGAGAAGCCAUACGUUUGUAAAACAUGCGGCGCCGCUUACAGUCACAGUGGCAGUUUAUUUGCCCAUCAAAAACGUUGCCGAGCACAAUACGGCGAGACAAUGGUGGUCGAGGAACAUCACACUGUUGCUCAUCACAUUCAUGUAAAUAAUGUGCAAUCGGCCGUACGCUCACUAGCUGUGAUAGGGCAAAUGUUUUAAAAGGGAAUGCACAAUCAUUUUUUCUUUUUUUUCAAAGAAAAGUCAAAAAAAAAAAAAAUUGGAAGGAAUCUCGACUUGGAAAAAAUAUUCUUGCAAAAAAUAAGUCGUAGUGAUUUAUUUUUCAUUCCAAAA